CUGUAGAGGCUGCCCGAAGCCUACGUGCUCAAGGGUAUGAUAUUUCUCCUCAGACAAUACGCAGAUUAAGCCAGAAGUUUCUAUUAGAGCACCUACAUAUGUCAAAUUGAGGCCCGUCAAUCGCAAACAGCUAUGUUGAAAACCCUUCGCUACCAUCAGCCAUGUCAUUACGUACACAGAUACUAUAAAUGUUUCAAGAUUCUUUACUGUGGUUUUGAUGAAGCAUUUUCUCAAAUCCAGCAAUUCCUCAAUUGUAUCAUUAAUCUUAAUGGAUUCUCAUUAUUAAUCAGCAGCUUUGAUGUGUUCUACCAUAAUCACAGGUUUUAUGACGAUUGUGCCCAUUCCAUGAGCAGAAUUGACCGAGUAGCCACAGCUAAGGUAUCUCGCAAAACAUACACAGAAAAACACUUUAUGCAAAUCUCAAUAUUUGCUGGUCAAUACGAAUUGUUGGUUGUUGCUGGAUAUAUUCACAGGUAUGGGUCAAUUACCCCAUUUUUAGGAUCUUCAAUGGACAAGUUCAAAUUAAGAACACUAUCACAUGUAUCAAAGUACCUGCUCUUGCAUCAGAGUUCAUUUGUACCAAGCGUCUUUUGAAUCAGUAUGUAAAACGUUGCUCACAAUAAAAAACUCAAAUAAACUGUGUAAGGAGACUCUCUACUACUUCUUUGACUAUAGCUCAAGAGCCUUCACCGUGCUUUUGCAAUAAAAAUUGUUCAUGUUCAUCGUGCAAAUCUUAGGGCGACCAACUUUCUUCUUCUCUUUUUUUUUGCUGACUAGAGUGUCUGUUAGUUUGGUUCCUUAUAAUCGCUUGACACCUUCUUGUACCAGUUGUAUGCAGUACGGUUUACAUUCUGCAGCUUAGAGAUUUUUAGAAAAAACCACAGCCCUUUGGCGUUGGGAAUGACCUUAAUAAAAAUGCAAGCAAUGGGUUGCUACUUACGAUUACAUAAAAAGCCACCCAAAAUUUACCUCCAAUUAAUUUAACUUUUUUUUU